AGUGCCAUCUGUUCGAAAUAACGUCUUCGUAGUCUGCUCGUUUAUUGCGACUUAGCUGUCCGUUCAUUUUUGCGUAAGUCUUCGCGUAAAAAUGAAUGUGAUCGCGAGAUCUGCGAAUAUUUCGCCGUAUUUGAAGGCAACGGUGACGGUUGUUUCAAAUGGAGGAAGAACGGUCGCAGCGACUGGUAAGGUUCAAAGACCACCGAUUGUCGUUCCUGCUCCCGUCACACCUAUACUCAGUGAUACUAUGCAGCGGAAUAUUAUUUCUGGAGUUGUAAGAGUUAACUCAAGUAUCUCAGCAUCCACGCAAAUACAACAGUCUCGCAUGGCUCACUCCGACAUCCAAGUUCCAGACUUUGCGCACUACCGCAGAGACGAAGUUAAAGAUCCGUACGCGAAAAGUCGCGAAAGCGCUGCGUCUAGGAAAUCGUUCUCUUACGUUUUGGCAGCAGGUACUGGUUUAGCCGCAGCUUAUUCGACCAAAACGAUAGUCUACGAUCUUGUAGCGACUUUAAGCGCAGGUGCCGACGUAUUGGCAUUGUCGAAGAUAGAAGUAAAUCUAGACGACGUGCCGGAAGGAAAGAACGUAGCGUUCAAAUGGCGCGGCAAGCCUGUAUUUGUCAGACACAGAACGGCAGCCGAAAUCAAGAAAGAAGCCGCGGUCGACGUAGCCUCUCUCCGUGAUCCACAACACGAUAGCGAUAGGACGCAGAAACCGGAAUGGUUGAUUCUAAUCGGUGUAUGCACGCAUUUGGGUUGUAUACCCGUUGCGAAUGCCGGAGAUUUCGGUGGUUAUUAUUGUCCGUGUCAUGGUUCGCAUUACGACGCCAGCGGUAGAAUCAGAAAAGGUCCAGCUCCCUUGAAUCUCCAGGUUCCGCAGUAUAGCUUCCAAGGGAACAUACUGGUCGUCGGUUAAUGAUGGUUCGACAUGUGUAGUAAUAAAUUGAACAUAUUUCAUAAUAGAAUAUUCGACGUAUUAAAUCCUUUUCCUGACAAUAGGAUAACGAUUAAUCGAAUACGCAUCGAGACGGUUUCGUAUAUUACGAAACGUCAGUGUUUCGCUGUUCGGGUAUUCGACGUGAUUCACGAUGUAAAAGUUGUACAGACUCUGUAAUAAAAAGAGAGACAUGUACACGUUGCACGCUCACAAGUAUUAAUCGUUGAUUUAAUAUUAUUUAUGAAAUUUGUAUGGAUCUGAAAGGAUCGGCGAGUGGAUUGCGAUCGGAUGAAUGAGCAUUGAUUGUAAGAUUUAAUGAUUAAAGGGAAGAUUAAACGUUUAAAAAGUA